UUUGACCACAUCCUCACGGAGUCGUAUUUUCCCAAUAAGUCAACGCUCUGAACACCAGCAUCAGCAUCAAACAUGGGCCAAUCACCAUCUCAAUUCAUGGAGGAUAUGGAGAAGCGGUCGAAUUUUAAUGCCAGCGAACUGGAGCGACUGAAGAAGCGGUUCAUGAAGCUGGACAGUGACGGCUCUGGCUCAAUAGAUCGUGACGAGUUCUUGCAGAUCCCGCAGAUCGCUAACAACCCAUUAGCGUCGCGCAUGAUCGCCAUCUUCGAUGAAGAUGGUGGUGGAACUGUCGAUUUCCAGGAGUUCGUGGGUGGGCUGAGUGCAUUUAGUAGCCGAGGAGGGCGGGAAGAGAAGCUCCGAUUCGCAUUCAAAGUGUACGACAUGGACCGGGAUAACUAUAUCUCGAACGGAGAGCUGUUCUUGGUGUUGAAGAUGAUGGUGGGGAAUAACCUGAAGGACUCACAACUGCAAGAGAUUGUGGACAAGACGAUCAUGGAGGCGGAUAAGGAUGGUGACGGCAAGCUUUCCUUCGAAGAGUUCACGAACAUGGUGAACAAUACCGAUAUCGUCAAGCAAAUGACACUCGAGGACCUCUUUUAGUGCACUCGGACAAUCCGGAUCUUUCUCUUUUACCUUGCCCUCAGUUUCGUCGCACUCUCACAUCACACCUUGGUCUUCCUUCAUACCCAGGGCUCAUACUGCAGCCUUGCACGUCCUCCAACGAUGCCUAACUUCCUUGCCACGCAUCACUCACCCGGUUCUCGCCCAUCACUGUUCACCCAACCCCGUCCAUCGUCCUGGGCUCCAUCUACCUCUCCCCCUGCCAGCACGCGUACCGCAUCCGAUAUCCAUCCGUCUCCUCAGUUCUCUGCUCCAGUCGUUGAAGCUAUGGGUUGUUGUUUCAGUCUUUUGUUAUCCUCUUUCUCCACUUUUGAAUAAGCUAUGUUCAUAAUCCACCAGGCCAGUCACAGUCACCAUGAAGCGAAACAAUU